UGCCUUCAUGCUUCCAUACUUUAUCAUGCUGGUGUUCUGCGGCAUUCCUCUCUUCUUCCUGGAGCUUUCCUUUGGUCAGUUUGCCAGUCUGGGUUGUUUGGGCGUCUGGAAGAUCAGCCCUAUGUUCAAAGGUGUGGGCUAUGGCAUGAUGGUGGUGUCCACCUACAUUGGGAUUUAUUACAACGUGGUCAUUUGCAUUGCCUUCUAUUACUUCUUCAUGUCCAUGACCAACCUGCUGCCAUGGACUUACUGCAACAACCCCUGGAACACGCCCGACUGCAGUGGUGUGGUCGGCAGCGGCGCCCAGCUCAACAGCAGCCUGGCAAACGUCACCAGCAGCUUGAUCACAGGGGUGUCAGAAGUGGUCAACCGCACCAAGAGGACCAGUCCCAGUGAGGAGUACUGGAAGCACUACGUGUUGAACAUCUCUGAUGAUAUUGGGAACUUUGGAGAGGUCCGUCUUCCUAUCCUGGGAUGCUUGGCCGUAUCCUGGUGUGUUGUCUUCCUCUGUCUCAUCAGGGGCGUUAAAUCGUCUGGAAAGGUGGUGUACUUCACAGCCACAUUCCCAUAUGUGGUUCUAACCAUUCUGUUUAUCCGUGGCAUAACCCUGGAUGGAGCCAUAAAUGGCAUCAAAUACUACCUCACUCCACAGUGGCAGAAGGUCCUGGAUGCAAAGGUGUGGGGAGACGCUGCCUCACAGAUCUUUUAUUCCUUGGGAUGUGCCUGGGGGGGGCUCAUCACUAUGGCUUCUUACAACAAGUUUCACAACAACUGUUUCAGGGACAGCAUUAUCAUCAGUAUAACCAACUGUGCAACCAGUGUGUAUGCUGGCUUCGUCAUUUUCUCCAUCCUGGGCUUCAUGGCACACAACCUGAACGUCCCUGUGUCAGAGGUGGCUGACCACGGACCGGGUCUGGCCUUCGUGGCUUACCCAGAAGCCCUCACUCUGCUGCCAAUCUCUCCGCUCUGGUCACUGCUGUUCUUCUUUAUGCUCAUCCUUCUGGGACUAGGAACCCAGUUCUGCCUGUUGGAGACGUUGGUGACGGCCAUCGUGGAUGAGAUCGGCACCGACUGGAUCAUCAGAAAUAAGACCAUUAUCACGCUGUCAGUGGCUGUAGUUGGUUUCUUGCUGGGGGUGCCACUAACAACACAGGCAGGAAUCUAUUGGUUGUUGCUGAUGGACAACUAUGCAGCAAGCUUCUCUCUGGUCAUCAUCUCCUGCAUUAUGUGUAUCUGCAUCAUGUAUGUUUAUGGUCACAGGAACUAUUUUAAAGAUGUUGAGAUGAUGCUGGGCUUCCCUCCUCCUUUGUUCUUCAAAGUUUGCUGGAGAUUCAUCUCUCCCGUCAUUAUCUCUUUCAUCCUGAUCUUCACGGUGAUCCAGUACAAACCCAUCACUUACAACGACUACAUUUAUCCCGGCUGGUCCUUGGCUAUUGGUUUUGCCAUGGCUCUGUCCUCUGUCAUCUGCAUACCUAUCUACGCCCUGUACAAGAUCUCAAGGUCCCCAGGAGCCACUUUUAGAGAGCGGUUGAAGCAUGCGUGCCAAGCACAUCCAAAGUGGGGCCCCGCCCUGCAGGAGCACAGGACAGGCCGCUACGCCCCCAUGGUUUCUGAAGACACUGUGGAGGGCCGUCCCUCAAAGGAGAAGGAGGAGCUAAAGGAGGAACAGAAGGAAGGGGAGAAGGAGAGGAAGGAUGAGAUCAGCCUCACCAUCCAGGGAAGCAAUGGCUCCACCAACACACACAACAACCCCAGCGCGUAGACCCCUCCCGUCUCCAUCAGCGCUACCAGGGCAUGGCCUCUGCGGCCCACUGCAUCCUCCUCGUUCUCUUCCUCCCUUCUCCUCCCCUCUCACUCCAUCCUCACCCCACUUUCCCACUCUGUGGGGGAGAUCCCAUUCACUGGAGACCUUUACAUAUUGUAAGGGCUUAUUAUAUCUAUCCUAACAUCUUCUAUCUGUCUGCGUGUUGUCUCUAGAUAAAUGAAGAAAAAAACCUGAAAGGAAGAAGAAACUGGCUCAUCGUCCAAAAGAUAUGUGUGUGUGUGUGAGUGUGUGAGUGUGUGUUGGUGUGGGUGAGCUUUUAAUUUGUUCCACAUAAUUUAAUAAUACAGUUUGUUUUUCCUUUCUUUCUCUUUUCGUUUUGUCGGUAAAACGUUUGGCGUCACCUUCAUCCGCAGUUAGAGGUACAGUCGAUUGUGAAGCAGCGUGUGCAGGAACACCGGUCUCCUGUUCUCAGUGCGCUGGUUCUGUUUGGGAUGACAGUAGCGACUGGACCUGUUGUUGUACUGUAGGGUAGAGGGCGGGGGCAUAAACUGUGUUGGUACUAGUCUUUUUAAAGUCUUUUGAUCUUGAAGAAAAGGAACGAGGCUUCAUUUUAUAGUGAGAACAGCAGAUGGAUACAUCGAGUUCAACUCUGUAUUUCACACAGCACACAGUGACCUCAAACUUAGUUGAUCUUAAAACUAAGCCUGUUGUUUUUUUUUAAUGCUGCUUAUCCUAUUAAUAAAA